AUGUCGACAGCGCCCAAAAAACCGCCAGCAGCUGGCACGCCUACUGGCCGCAGACCCUCGACAGAUCCAACCUCCACUUCGCCAUCUCGAGCACCAGCGCGUGCUUCCACGCCUACAUCAGCAACUGCGAAUGGCGUCGCGCGAAGCCGAUCAAUACGGGGAGGGACUCCAGUCUCCGCGCGAGCAGCUAUGCAAAGGCCAGGCGCAGGCGCUUCGAAUCUCAGCUCAAGCAGCGCGGCAUCUGAUGUAGACGAUGACGCUCGGGCAGAAACGGUCGCGUUGCUAGAUGAUCUGAAAGACCGCCUCCGCAACACCGAGUCGAUGUCCGAGCAAUUCCAGAAACAGGCUCAAGUCCUGCAAUCGAGAUUAGAUGAAGCAUUACAGGAGCAAGGGAAGCUCGAGGAUCGUUUACAUGAGAGUGAGGAACGGUUAGAGACACUAGAAAAUGAGAAACGCGAUGCUCUUAGACAAAAGCGCGAGAUGGAGGCGAUAUACGAGGCGGAGAGGAGUUCAAUGACGAAGGAGAGGGAGGACAUGUCUAAUCGUGAGGAGGAAAUGCAGACAAUCAUACAAAGACUGAAGGAUUCUCUCGCCGGGAGGUCAAACACGGAUGAGGAUAGCAGGUUGUCGAGACGCUCAAAUAAUACUUCACCCAGCGUUGAUGGUCAAUUUGCGCCCCCGGCAGGUUUGAAUCGCAGCGAUUCUCGAAACAAUUCGAAGCUUCUGCUCCAGAAGGACAGGUUGAUUGAAUCCCUUCGAUUAGAGUUGGCAGAGGCACAAAUUAAGUUGGUCGAAUCGGAGAACAUGGGAGGUGGCAGAUUCCAAGAAGUUGAGAGAUUACUUCUGGAAGCACGAAUGACCAAUGCUAGAUUGAUGGAGGACAACGAGAGCUAUCAAUUGCUGCUAUCUGAGAAGACCCUGACCGGGGAUUUCGCCAAGAGCGAUUUCAUGGGCUCAGCAUCACACAACGCAGAUGCUCUAAAUGCCCUCGAAGGACGAACAGCAGCACCAAGUCUAGCAGACGAGCUCUCAGACGCAGCAGAAGGGGAGAGCGAGAAUUACCGCCGUCUCGAAGUGGAAUUGAAGAAAUCCCAAGGUGAAAACAAGGCCUUGACCCUAUAUAUCAACAAGAUCAUCGAGCGUCUCCUCCAGUACAAGGACUUUGAGGCGGUCCUCGACCAGAACUCAGACUUCACACCAGGCAGCGCAAACGUGGACAAAGAGCUACCCCCGCCACCGCCAAAGGAGCAAGCAAGCGGAGCCUCGAUCCUUCAACGAGCAAAAUCAGUCGCCAUGAACGCAACCCGGCGUCCACGCCCGCAAUCCCAAAUGCCAGCCACACACUCCGCUCUCACAGACCCAGAUACCGCUCCCAGCAUCCCCUUCGGCAUCGCCCGCAGCUCCAGCUUCCGCACCGGCCGCCCAAUGAGCGAGCAAUACACCGCCGGCGCCGCAAAUGUGGUAAACCAGAUGUACCGUGGUGGACCGAACUCACCUCCUCUCCACGGUCCCCAAACACCACGACACUCUCAGUCCUUCUUUGCGCCCCCUCAACCUGGUGGAAACCCCAACGCAGCACAUCGUGUCCCAUCCGCAACUGCAGGCCAAGUCCCUACCGCGGGCAACUUCCCCGGCAUGAAGAGCGAGUCCAGCAGCUCGAGUGGUGAGAGUGGGGGCGUCACAACGCCACCUAGCCAAAGUCCGCCCAGAGCACAUGCAUCAGAGAAAGCAACGACGUUUGCGGGGAAUAAACCGAGACCAUUGAGGUUGGUGCAAGAUCAUCCUGAGAAUAGAAAAGUUAGUGGUGAAGAUGGAGCGGGGAAGAGAGCCAGUUGGAUUGGGUGGGCUAGUGCCGCUUUCUCGAAGAAAGACGAGACGGUUGGUGCGGAGGAGAGCAUCAGGGAAUGA